CUCCAAUGAUAGACGAUAGUCACGACACACAAGCCGAGAUGCCUAUGGGAACGGGCGCUGAAAUCGAGGCUCCACCUGAAGGUGCCUCGAGCUCUCCGAGCCCGAAGUCAAAGGGCAAAGCCAAGGCUGUAGACAUUGAGCAUCGCAAGUUAUCCAAAGAGUGUCGUCUACUCUCUCUCCCCGUCGAGCUUAUCGCCAGCAUCCUGUCCUAUCUUACUCCCGCAGACCUCGACUCAGUCUCGGAAACAUGCGGGGCUCUGUACCGUCAGGCCACCGACGACCAUUUGUGGCAGAUACUCGUUCAGAGGAACGUGCCGGGACAACGCGUUACCUCCCCUUAUCCUUGCCUCACCUUCCGCGACCUGUUCUGGGCCCACGAACCACGCUGGUUCCUCCCGAGAUACAAGAUCUGGUUUUCUGACGCUGGCCUUCCCGGACGUUUGAUCGUAGCCCGCUACGACCAACGGCGCGGAUGCAUCGAGGGGUACCAACUGCUUGCGACCAAUACAGACACGAGUCACAUCCCAUGGCAACCCGAGGGCUUUGACUCCGGCAUCCGGGUCAGUGCCUUUGCCCCUGAAGUCAGGCUCCACCUCGAUAAUCCUGUCCUCAGACUGCCGGUAGAUCCUCAAUAUGACGUGGAAGAAAAUGACGACCUCGUCGUCAUACAUCUGGAGCGCCGCCAAGCAAGCGAUGGCACCACUAACAACCAUGGAUUGACCGCCAGCCCCGCGCAAGUUCAGACUUCACGACCCCGUCGGAAAAAGAUGUUCCAGACGGAAAUUCCCAUGCGACGAAGCUCUCGAGGUCACCUACGAUGCAGCUUCAUCCACGCUCAGUGCCUGAAAUCCGAUGAUAGAGAAGCGCGCACUGCUAACACUGCCACGCGCUUCCCAUACGGCCACAUCUGGCCGCCACCCUCAAUACCAAGCCAGCACUGUGUGAUGGGCGCCGGCUUGGAGCGACCCGGGUCUCUGCAAACCCAAGACCGUGCUGUAUCGCCGCGCGAUGUCUAUGAGGGGGCAUUUCGAAUACGAAAGUGGCUCGAAAGGAGAGAGCUCGAGUAUACUCCUCAAUUCCAGUCUGGCACUCUCGCAGCGAUCAACCCGCACACUUGGUACCCAUUGGUGCCAGCUUAUUCUUUUCCUACGAUGAUGCCGCUUCCGCGCAGCACAAGCGCCGGCGAGGAGAUCGCCACGUAUGCAACCCUUUAUCCGUCUCUGUACACGCCUACGCCAAGCAAGCCAUUCCGGGGAAUCUUCGUGGGCGACUACGGGCCCCAUGGUUGCGAGUUCAUCUGGAUCGAGCAGCACCAAGACGAUCUGGACGAUAUUGUCAGCCUCGAGGGCGAGUCCGACGAAGAUUUUGCUGCCCGCAAGCGCGACGCCACCAUCUACCGCGGCAGUCUCGAGGCCGUGAAGCUCACCGGCGAUCCUAACGUGCCCCGCGGGGAGAUCACGUUCUAUGCCCCGGAUUUGGGUGAAGACGGAUUCGUGCGCGUCGCGCAGGAGCCUCCGUUUCUGGGGGUCAGGGUGGUCCGGAGCAAGGGACACGUUGCGAAUGAAGGUUUUGCUAUCGACGCUUUUAUCGACGGGGAACUGCUCCUGAUUUCUCCUGACUGUCUGGCUCACCACUGGAUUGAUAUGGGAAGGGUCAGCUAUUUCCACCGUGUGGACAUCGAUCGGUUUCUGGUCCCGGGGUGAGCGCGGAGUGUAGCGGUAAGUGUAGUUUGAAGGUUGAAUAGUUCCAUUGUGGUUACGGAAGCAUGAAUCCAGGUGGGCAGCGACAAGGUUACCGGCAGGAUGAGUCUAGAUGACAUUUCAGCAGUCGGGCAGGGAGGCUGUGAUUGCGUUGUGUACUUGUACAAUACACUACCUUGAGCUCAGCGUAUGUAUGUAAAGAAUGAGUUGCAUGGGUACCCC